AUUCUGAGCUAAAAUGGAAUCUUCACCUGCUACCAAAAUGAUUUAUAGGUACCUUGGCAAUUCUGGGAUUAAGGUGUCCCUGCUUUCAAUGGGUACAAUGCUUGUAGAUUACUCUACAGAGAAUGAAAAAACUUGGCUGGAAUGUGCUAAAUACGCCAAAGAAGCAGGAGUUAACUACUUUGACUCUGCAGAGAUGUAUGGGUAUGGUAAAGGAGAUGAACUCCUUGGCAGAGCCAUUAAAGAGAACGAAUGGAGAAGGGAAGACCUUGUUAUUGCAGUAAAGGUCUUCUUUGGCAAUAACGUCAAUGCUAUUGGGCUCUCAAGGAAAUAAAAUUAUCGAAGCAACGAAAUCUUCAUUAAAAAGAAUGGAUUUAGAAUACUGAGACAUAGUAUAUGCACAUACAUUUGAUCCAGAGACUCCUUUGGAGGAAACGUGUAGAGCAUUUAAUUGGUUGAUCAAGAAAGGAUAUGCUCUCUAUUGGGGCACCUCCUCCUGGCCUGAAGACAUCAUAAUGAAAGCUAUCAAGCUGUGUGAUGAGAAGGGAUGGGACAGACCUAUCGUCGAGCAGUAUAAGGUAGAGAAAGGAUAUGAAAGACUAUCAGAGGAAUAUGGAUAUGGCUUUGCAGCAAGAUCUUCUCUUGCUAGUGGAAUCCUUUCCGGAAAAUACAACAAUGAUACAAUCCCAAAAGACUCAAGAUUUGGGAAAAAUGAAUCGCUGAAAGAGAUAGCUUGGCUAAAAUAUUUCCCAGAAGAAACAAAGGACGAAACUUUAGAAGCCUUGAAAAAGUUUUCAGACUUAGCAGAGGAGAACAAAGCGACUCCAUCUCAACUAGCUUUAGCAUGGAUAACUUCAAACAAAGAUAUCCAUACAUGAAUUUUUGGAGCCUCUAGUCUAGAUCAAUGAAAAGAAAACUUAGAUUCUCUUGAAACUACAGUAAAUUGGAAUGAGGAUCUUGAAAAGAAAGUUAACGAAAUCUUUAAAAACCAGCCAAUCCCAGGAUUCGAUGCCAAAAAAUGGAGCUUGAUGCCACCAAGAAGAGACCAAAGACUCAACCUGGAACUCAAACUCGGUGAAAUCCAGUACAAGUCUGAUUAUGUGUAA